AUGGUCACCUCGGCGGAGCUCGGUCGGUGGCACGACCGUUUCACCGAGUACGCCACCGGAAAGCGGAAACCCGAGUCGCCGGAGCUGCUGCUGCAGAAGGAGCUAGCGGUAGCCAAGGACAGCCUCAAUGUGAACACGCUGUACAAGAUUGGCGAGCUGUACGCCGAUGAGGUCCUCUUUGAGUACUGCCGCCACCCAAAGGUGCUGGAUCACGUGCAGCAGUUCACCGGGCCCAAUGUGAUGGCCAUUCACACGAUGCUGAUCAACAAACCGCCGGACACGGGCUCCAAGUCCAGUCGUCACCCCCUUCACCAGGACCUGCACUACUUUCCAAACCGGCCGGCGGACCGCAUCGUCUGCGCCUGGACCGCCAUGGAGAGGAUUACCCGGGAGAAUGGCUGCCUAGUGGCCGUUCCUGGAACGCACAAGGGCGAGCACCUGGAGCACGACUACCCCGAUUGGGAAGGAGGCGUAAACAAACUUUAUUACGGAAUACAGGAUCCAAAGCUUCAGGAGUCGAGGGUGCACCUGCUAAUGGACGAGGGUGACACAGUGCUCUUUCAUCCGCUCCUUGUGCACGGCUCUGGCGUGAACCGCACUUCCGGCUACCGAAAGGCCAUCAGCUGCCACUACUCCACCGGAGAGGCGGAGUUUAUUGACGUCAAGGGGACAAUUCAGGAGAAACUCGCUGAUGAGACGUUGGCCGUUUUUCAGAAACGUUUUCCUGCUUUCAA